AUGAAGUUUCUUUGGGUAUUCACAUUUGCAAUUACACUAUUCCAAACAGCUGCACUCCCCAACAGAAGAGGUACGCUGCGCUGUCUAAAAUGCCUCAAACAAGAUGACCUAACAGUUGCAGAAUGUGUUGAAAAUGGAGUGUUCGAAACAUGCGGGACGAAAAGGCCGACAUGUAUGACUGAAUUAUGGAACAAGAGAGGAAAGAUUGUCUUCAGCUCAGGCUGCCAUAACCGUCAGGCAUGUGUCGACGUAGAGGCCAAGGAACUCGGCAUGAACCAGUGUGACAAACAACCGCUAAUCAUCAACACCAAAUGUCGAUACUAUUGCACUAUCCAAGACGAGCUCGCUCCGGGUGGUUAUUGUAGAUUUCCAGCGUGGAAAACCUGUGUCGUUAAGGGUGAUCCCCAUUUCACUACAUUGGAUGGUUAUAAGUAUGACUUUUCAGGAUCAUGUGGCUAUACGUUGUUGCAAGAUAUCAGCAACGGCCCUGGAGUCACCCCGACAUACAUGGUAUCCGCAACAGACAUGUAUAUAGGACAGACCGCACGUGUGGUUGAUGUCAAUAUUACAGUGGAGGGACAUGCCAUUGAAAUUGACUGUGAAAUCGGGGAAGACGAAUCAUCUGUGGAAAUACGGAUUGAUGGUAUCUCUCCCAUAAUUAAUUCAUUUCCGUUUGAAUUUAAUGAGGGUAGACUGAUAAUAGACAAUGACGAAGGGGGUUACAUGGUCGUCAGCGCACCCUUAGCAGGAUUGAUUGUCUUCUGGAACAAAAAAUAUCAUCUCGAGAUUAUGUUUGACACGACAAUGAUAAUGGAAGGCAAGUUAUCAAUUGGAGGCAUGUGUGGUAAUGGAAAUGGGAAUGCUGACUUUCAAGAUGAGUUGAUAACCAGAGGAAGCAUUCCAGUUGAGAACGGAUCUCCUGAAUCCAUAGAGGAUUUUGCAGCCAGUUGGGAAGUUACUGGGACUUGUGUUUCGAUGUGAAUGAAAUGACAGCUAUUGCAAGGAAAUACAUACAUACCGGCUAUUUGAGGAUGAACAUGUAUCGUGACGAUCACUGAGUUAAACCUACUUAAUUCAAGUUUUCGCCCUAGGGGGGUAAAUAUAUUAGAAUUUUUGGAAAACAAGUAAUAAAUAUUGGUAUUGAUG